UUUCUGGUUUUCUGUCGAUUUCGAAUUUCAUCACAACUUUUUCACUACAAUAACAAUUCGUAUUUCGUUAAUUUAAAACCAAAAAGAACACUUCCUUCCAUUAUUUAUAAAUAAAAAAAACCUUAUAAUGAAUAAAACUAUACUAACCGCCUUCCGGAGUCAAUUGUCAAUACGUGCUUUUUCUUAUAAACAAGUUAAAAGACCGGACUUCUCCGCUAAACGAAAACUAACAUCACCCCAGGAAAGCCCAGAAAAGGACCGUGAAAAGAAUCAUCUCAAUUUAACUGCCCAGAUUCGAGCUAGAAUUCUUGCCGGUGGUCCUAUAACCGUAGCAGAUUAUAUGAAAGAAGUUUUAACCAAUCCCUAUGCUGGUUAUUACAUGAAUCGUGAUGUUUUCGGUCGUGAAGGUGAUUUUAUAACGUCGCCGGAAAUAUCUCAAAUCUUUGGCGAGCUUGUGGCAGUUUGGUGUUUGAAUGAAUGGCGCAAAGUUUCUGCCCCUUCACCAUUUCAAGUGAUUGAACUCGGACCAGGACGAGGGACACUUUCUGUAGAUCUACUUAAAAUCCUUACCCACUUCAAUCUAGGCGGACAAUUCUCAUUGCAUUUGGUUGAGGUUAGUCCACAUCUUAGUAAGAUGCAAGCAUCAAAAUUAUGUUUCAAGCAUAAUCAAGUGGAUGAGGGGCCGUGCUAUUGGAAAGGUGAAACUCUUUCGGGUACAAAAGUGUAUUGGUAUAAACGACUGGAAGAUGUACCGAGAGGCUUUUCAAUUGUUGUGGCUCAUGAGUUCUUCGAUGCGCUGCCAGUUCAUAAACUGCAAAAAGAGGAUGGCAAAUGGAAAGAGGUUCUUAUAGAUGUUGACACAACCAAAGACAACAGUUUUCGGUAUGUUUUAUCAAAAAAUGAAACACCAAUUUCGAAAAUUUUCGAAACGACAAAAGACGACAACCGAGAAUGUUUGGAAUAUUCAACAGAAACCGAUACAAUAAUUGAGUCGUUGGCUGAAAGAACAAAAACUGAUGGAGGUAUAAGUCUCAUCAUGGAUUAUGGACAUUUUGGAGAGAAAACUGAUACAUUUAGGGCCUUUAAAAAACAUCAAUUACACGAUCCAUUGAUUGAGCCCGGAACAGCUGAUCUUACUGCAGAUGUGGACUUUAAGAGAAUAAAGUACAUAGCGGAAAAGAAAGGCGAAGCCAUAACGAUAGGUCCAGUGGAACAAGGCACAUUUCUAAAAAGAAUGGAAGGCGAUACACGACUUAAGCACCUCUUAGAAAACGCACUGCCUGAAAAUAAGGAAAACAUUAAAUCUGGCUACGAUAAGCUCACCGAUCCAAAUCAAAUGGGUUCCAGAUUCAAAUUCAUAUCAAUCUUCCCAUCAGUUCUUAAAGAACAUCUAGAAAAAUAUCCCGUUUCAGGGUUUAAUUAAAUAAAAGAAAAAAUAAUACUCUAUUCGUUUUGUCAACUACAAUAUAGAUAAAUAAAAUAUUUAUUUUGAAACAUUUAUGAAAACA